AUGUCGUACCUUGUGGAGGAAGAAGAGAGGGAGCGGAAGCGCGAAGAACAGCGGCGUGUGUCGCGGCAGCAGGUCAUCGAACAUGUAAAGAAGAAUCUCCUCUACACCGCCUUUGACGUAAAGUGGGUGCCGAACAGCGCGUCCUUCGCCGUGGUAGGACAAUACCCAAACAAUCAGGGCGCCAUAUCGCUGCUGCAGCUCAACAAGGGCGAGCUGCGUGUCGAGCGCGAGAUCAAGACAAAGAUGCCCAUCAAGUGCUGCACGUUUGGCCACAACUCCCCGCAGCAGCAGUCCGUCAUCACGCUCUGCACGGGAGACUUCGCUGGCGGCCUCUCCGUGUGCGACGUGGAGCGGCUGGACGGGGGCAGCGGCGACGCGGUCUUCCACGUGCCGCACGCGCACGAGAGCAUCAUCAACGCCGUUGACGGCGCGCAGCACAGCGGCCCGCCGGAGAUCGCGAG